AUGGCAGACCACGAUCUCCUGCCCAAGCUCAUCGGCCACCUCGACCGCCACCUCGUCUUCCCCCUGCUCGAGUUCGCUGCGAACCGCGUCCCCGAAGAUGCUGACGAUGCCGUCCUCCUGCCCAUCACGAAGGCCAAGUACGAACUCCUCAAGGCCACCAACAUGACCGAUUUCGUCGGCAGCCUCAAGGCAGAGCUCGAAGGGCUCGACGAACCCCCUGCUGAGUUUGACGGCAUGCGACAGAAGGUCAUCACGCGUCUGGAAGAGUUCGACGAUAGCACCAGCAAGCUCCGCGAUCUGUUGGGGAGCGAGGAGGUCAUCAAUAACCUGCGAAGCGACAAGGUGGCCAACUUGGAGUUCCUCCAGAAGGACCACGAUGUCACCAUCGAGAUGGUUAAUGCGCUCUACGACUUCGGCAACUUCCAGUACAGCUGCGGCAACUAUUCUGCCGCCGCCGAUCUACUCUACCAGUUCCGCGUGCUUUCCACUGAUAACGACAAGGUCGCACAAGCGACUUGGGGCAAGUUCGCAUCCGAGAUCUUGACUACCAACUGGGAGGGCAGCGUAGAAGAGCUCCAGAAGGUCAAGGAGAGCAUCGACACGAAGCUGUUCAACAACCCCUUGGCCCAACUACAUCAACGUACAUGGCUCAUUCACUGGGCCCUAUUCCCUCUCUUCAACGACGACGGGACGCGUGACACCCUCCUCGACCUCUUCUUCAGCCCCGCCUACAUCAACACUAUUCAGACGAGCUGCCCUUGGAUCCUUCGGUACCUCGCAGCCACCGUCAUCACCGGUCGGAGUCGCGCACGGAACUCGGGCCAGUACCAGAAGCAGCUGAAGGACAUCGUGCGCAUUGUUAAGCAGGAGGCGUAUGAGUACAGCGACCCUGUGACCGACUUUGUGCGCGCACUCUACAUUGAUUUCGACUUUGAGGAGGCUCAGCGACAGCUCUCGCUCGCUGAGGAAGUCUGCCGCUCCGACUUCUUCCUGUCCUCCACCACAGAGGCUUUCGUCGACUCGGCGCGACACCUGAUCUCAGAGAGUUACUGCAAGAUACACGCUCGCAUUGACAUCAAGGACUUGAGCGCGCGGUUAGGGCUGGGCCAGGACGAGGGUGAGAAGUGGAUUGUCAACCUCAUCCGUGACACCCGAGUCGACGCCAAGAUCGAUUACAAGGAGGGCACAGUGGUAAUGAACCACCCUCCCAGCUCUGUCUACCAGCAGGUCAUUGAACGCACCAAGGGUGGAUUCUUCCGGACACAAGUCCUCAACGCCGCUGUUGCUAGAUGA